GCUCGCUCGGACGGCGAGGGCGACUCCACCGCGCCACGCCUCGCCAACCACACCAAUCUUCCCGCGGAAUCAAAAUCGCCGACUCCGACGCGCCACCCGCAGAUCUCUCCCUCCCUCCACCCACCGCCGCCGCCGCCGCAUCCUGACCUCCACCUCCCGCCUCGCUCGGUCGGUCGGAUCCGAUGGCCCCGGCCGCCGCGGGACGGCCCUGGUCCCGCCGGCGCCGCGUCACCGCCGCGCUGCUCCUCGCGGUCGCCCUCGCGCUGCAGCUCCGCUCCGCGGCGGGGAGGCCGGACAAGGAGACGCGGGAGAAGUUCUACGGGAAACUGGUGACCAACGGCUCGAGCAACGUCUCCGGGGACGGCAGCAUCGCCGAGAUGUUCGGCCGCGUGCUCGACAAGGAGUUCUCCGACAGCGACAACCAAGAGACACCAGACAAGAGUAGCUUCAACAACAGCAUUUCAGAUCACCAAGCUGUUCUGGAGACCGUAGCUGUCAUUACACAUGACAAGAAGAAGAAUGAAUCGGAGAAGGCAAAUUCUUCAAAAUCUUUUCAAAUAGGUGACAUGUUUGGGGGUCAGAAUGAAAAUUCUGAUGACUUGGAAACUGUAAUAGAUAAGGAGGAUAAUGUUUUUGUUAUGUCAAAUCGUAAAACAAAGUAUCCAACACUUCAACUAGAUUUAAGAUUGAUUAAAGAUCUAGUGGUUAUAAUUGUUUCAGCUACUGCUGGUGGUAUCAUAUUUUCUUGCUUGGGACAGCCGGUUAUUGUUGGCUAUCUACUUGCUGGUUCUCUUGUUGGACCUGGAGGCUUGAACUUUAUCAGUGAAAUGGUUCAGGUGGAGACUUUUGCACAGUUUGGUGUGGUGUUUCUUCUAUUCGCUCUUGGCCUUGAGUUUUCGUUGACCAAGUUGAAAGCUGUUGGGCCUGUUGCUGUAAUUGGUGGUUUACUGCAGAUUGCUCUGUUCAUGUUCUUGUGUGGCCUAACUGCUGUGUUGUGUGGUGCUAAAUCAUCGGAGGGAGUAUUUGUUGGUGCUUUCUUGUCAAUGUCAUCUACUGCAGUGGUUUCUAAGUUUCUAGUAGAGAAAGGUAGUACCAAUGCACUUCAUGGUCAAGUUACAAUUGGUACUCUUAUCCUUCAGGAUUGUGCUGUUGGACUGUUGUUUGCUCUCCUUCCAGUUCUGGGUGGUGCUAGUGGCAUUUUUGGAGGAAUGAUGUCAAUGGCUAAACUGCUCCUUGUGUUAUCCAUAUUUAUAGCUGUUGCAUAUAUGAUGACUUGGUCAUUUGUUCCUCGAUUCUUGAAACUGAUGAUUCAGCUAUCAUCACAGACAAAUGAACUCUAUCAGUUGGCUUCUGUUGCUUUCUGCUUGCUGCUAGCUUGGUGCAGUGAUUAUCUUGGAUUGAGUCUUGAACUAGGCUCAUUUCUUGCUGGUGUUAUGAUCUCAACCACGGAUUUUGCUCAUCAUACAUUGGAGCAGGUGGAACCUAUUCGUAACUUAUUUGCAGCACUCUUCCUUGCAAGCAUUGGCAUGCUCAUACACGUCAAGUUCUUGUGGAAUCAUGUUGACAUAUUACUUGCAGCUGUUAUACUGGUUGUAAUAGUUAAGAGCAUAGUCGUAACAGUUGUGGUUAAAGCAUUUGGAUACAGUAUCAGAACAGCUUUUGUUGUUGGGCUAUCAUUAGCACAGAUAGGAGAGUUUGCGUUUGUGCUGCUUAGCCGUGCUUCACAUCUCCAUCUUGUUGGGGGGAAAAUGUAUCUUUUAUUACUGGGAACAACUGCACUUAGCUUGGUUACAACUCCCCUCAUUUUCAAACUGAUUCCUGUGGUAAUGCACCUUGGAAUCCUUAUGCGCUGGUUCCCCUCAGAAAGCAGUAUGCAAAAUGAGCUGCCUUUACAGGAUAAAGCAACCAUGCUUGAAGCCUACAACAGAUCACUCUAACAUGACAAAGCCACAUACAUUCAUUUGACUGACAACGAUUUAUUCGUGCAAUAACUCUUUGCACAUGCCGUGGAGCAUUGGACAAACAAUUACAUCAUUUCUUAUUGCGGCCAUACAUCUACACAAAAGCAAUGACCAAAGACAACAUUUUGACAGGCCAGGGUUCUGUUGAUAUAGCACUUAAGUUUAAAAAUUGAGUUGUACAUACUGUACAUGUUGUCAGCGUAGCAUAUUCUUUACACGGUGAGGCCCUUGGCCUUGGUUUUGUAUCAUUCUUGCCAACUGAACCUAGGACAGAAUUAGGUAGGAUUUUUGGUGUGUUGCGCUCAGAUACACAGAGCGAGUGAUGUAUAUUCAUUACCCCAUCAGAAUACCAUGGGAAGGCUACAUGUUACAAUAUAUUGUCCUACUAAGUAUGAGCUGCCAGGUGACUUGUUCUGUUCUUGUCUUAUCGACAAA